ACACUAAUUAAAGCCAAGUCGCCUAUGCUUUUGGUACAACCAACCAGACAAGGCAUAGAAAUAGCGGGCUAGAGAAAACCCCCAAAAGGGUACGUACAAUUCUAGUGUUUUCGCGAGUGAGAGAGAUGGUCGCGCGAUUUCUGUGGCGCGGCAAAAUUAAGCUAUUGUCAGCGGCGACGGCCUUGGGCGGCGGAGCUGGGGCGGCGGCGAUUGCCAACUCGGACGACCCCGGGACAGCCCUCAAGCUCUGCACCACCGUCCCUGUUCGCCUCCUGCGCGUCUCCGCCACUGCCGCCUCCAUUGCCUACGAUUACGAAUAUUCGUUGUGGGGAUUGCCAGAAGGUAGCAUUGAGAGAUCAAGAGCUAAGCAUGAAGUUCACAUCAGGGGCGCAUGUAGGCUUCAGGAACUAUGUUUUCAAAAUGGUGGAAUAUAUAUCAAGCUUGGUCAACAUAUUAGUCAGCUGGAGUACUUAGUACCUCAAGAGUAUGUCCAGAUAAUGAGGGAAUCCAUGUUGAAUAGAUGUCCAGUAUCAUCAUAUGAUCAAGUUUGUGAAGUUGUCAAGAGAGAGCUUGGAGGGGCGCCUGAUGACGUUUUUGAUGAGUUUGAUCCUGUCCCAAUAGCUAGCGCUUCCCUUGCGCAAGUUCACAUUGCUCGGACCCGUGAUGGUCAAAAAGUUGCUGUGAAGGUCCAGCAUGCUCACAUGACAGAUACUGCUGCUGCAGAUUAUGCUACCGUAGAGUUAAUUGUGAACACAUUGCAUUGGUUAUUUCCUUCUUUUGAUUAUAGGUGGCUGGUUGAUGAAGUCCAUGAAAGUUUGCCUAAGGAACUAGAUUUCUUAAUUGAGGCCAAGAACAGUGUAAAAUGUAUGGAUAACUUUCAGAAGUUAUCUCCUCGUAUUGCAGACUAUGUAUAUGCCCCAAGGGUAUACUGGAAUUUAAGUACCUCAAAACUGUUAACCAUGGAAUUUAUGGAAGGUGUGCAUAUAAAUGAUGUGAAGGCUAUUCAAAGACUUGGAAUCCAGCCAAGCGAUGUUGCAAAAUUAGUUAGUCAAACUUUUGCUGAAAUGAUGUUCAAACAUGGGUUUGUGCAUUGUGACCCCCAUGCUGCCAACUUGCUAGUUCGCUCUUUGCCUUCUGGCUCUUGGAGCAUUCUUGGAAAAAGAAAACCUCAGUUAAUAUUGCUAGACCAUGGUCUGUACAAAGAGCUUGACAUCCCCACUAGAACCAACUAUGCUGCACUCUGGAAGGCCUUGGUUUUUUCUGAUGCCAAAGCAAUAAAGGAAAAUAGUAUGAAAUUGGGUGCUGGGGAAGAUCUGUAUGUAUUGUUUGCAGGGGUCCUCACAAUGAGGCCUUGGAAUAGGGUCAUUGACCCAGCCGUAGAUCAUCUGGUCUUCCAAGGCAAUGACAGUGAUAAAUCAGAACUUCAGAUGUAUGCUUCUCAAUAUUUCUCUCAAAUCACAGAGCUUCUAAGGAGACUGCCUCGCGAUAUUCUGUUAAUGCUAAAGACAAAUGACUGCUUACGGGCCGUCAAUAAUUCUCUGAUACAAGGAGCUUCCCUUGAGAUGUUUUUUGUCAUUGGAAGGGUUUCUUCUGAGGCUGUUAUUGAGGCAAAGCUUUUACAAAAGAAGUCCUUCCUACGUUUGAUAAAUGUCUGGCUGGAGGAAGUUCUGUUAGAAAUUAGAUUUUCAUGUAUGCAGAUAGCCUACCGUCUUUUUCAACUCAGGAAAGCUUUGACCUGGUGAAAGGAAGUCAGUCAGCAUAAACACAUUUAGGUAGGGGAAACCCAUUUUUUAUAAGGUAGAUCCUUACAUUCUUUACACAGGCUGUUGGUCUCAUUCAAACUAGAUAUAUAGUUUGAGCAUAGAUUUGGAACUUAAAACGCCCUGGAGGGGUGUUAGGCAUAUUCUUUGUCUUCUUUUUGAUAGAUAAAAAAAAAACAUGAUGUUUGGUGAUACAUGAUUUGUUGUAAAAUCCCAUCAAUGGGGGGCAUUUGAUUAUAUUGAUGUAACAAAUAAUUUUUUGGGAUGUUGUAUCUGAUAAAUAAAAUCUGGGGAUUUUAGACUUGUUU